AUGGGCAAGGCUGAGCAGAAAAAGAAGGAAAAAAUCGUCGAGGACAAGACCUUCGGCCUCAAGAACAAAAAUCGAAGCGCCAAGGUCCAGGCCUAUGUCCAGCAGGUGAGACAAAGCGUGGAUCAGCGCAACCCACAGGAGCGCAAGUCGCAGUCUGAGCUCGCGGCGCGCCGCUCCGCCAAGGAGGAGAAGCGCGCACGUGAGGCUGAGUUAGCGAAGCUGUUCAACGACGUCGACCAGCAGCAACGCAAGAAGCUCGAUGGGGCGAAAGUGGAGGCCGCCGAUGGGGAUGACCAGUACAUGUGCAACCCGGAGGAGUACCUGUUCCGCCCCGAGGAUUUUGAUGAGGUAGAGAAGGAUGAUGAACGACUGGAGGAGAAGUUAGAGGCAGAGCGGGAGAAGCUGAAGGAUCGCACCGACUUGACCCCCGUCACGGAGGUGUCCUUCCAGGCAUGGAAGCAGCGCAAGCGCGAGGAGGCAGCCGAGAUGGAGGCGGCGCGUGUACGUCGUGCCAAGAGCGGCGACGGCAAGCUGCGUGGCUGGGACCUCUGGCAGAUGGACCAGGAACUAUUCGUGGAUGAUGAGAACGCCGACGAGUUCUAUGAGCGGGAGGCGCUGGAGGACUUGGAGGGAGGCGAAGAGGAGGCAGCUUUUGACUUGUCCUAA